AUGGGGAGUGAAGCUGAUAAGAAGUUCACUUGGAUGAUUAAGAAUUUCUCCUCUUUUCAGUCUGAGCAUAUCUUUUCUGAUCCAUUCGUCGUUGGUGGCUGUAAAUGGCGUCUUAAGGCCUUUCCCAAGGGGAAUAAUAACGCUGAUCAUUUGUCUUUGUAUCUUGAUGUUGCUGGAUCUAAAUCUUUGCCUUGUGGUUGGAGAAGACACGCAAAACUUUCUUUUACUAUAGUUAAUCAAAUUCCACAUGAACUCUCUGUACUGCGAGAAACACAACACUGGUUUGACCAGAAGGCACCAGACUGGGGUUUUAAAUGGAUGUUUCCCCUUGGAAAACUUAAGGCCAAAAAAGAUGGGUUUCUGGUGAACGGAGAAGUCAAGAUUGUUGCGGAAAUAGAGGUUCUUGAAGUUAUUGGUAAAUUAGAUGUACCAGAGGAAGCAACGGAUCCUCUGAAAACGUUAAAGCGGAAUGAAGAUGGUGCAGUGUCUAGCGCUUUGCUUGAGGAAACUCCAAAAGAUUUGGUCUUUAUCAAUGGGUUUCAAGUUCUUUCUUCACAGGUGGAUCUUGCGAGGCGUGUCUUUGAAGCACACCCAGAGACCGCAUUAGAAUGUUGUACGAAGAACCAAGAGCUGAGAACAUCAAACAUGAAUGUCCUCCUCAGCCUAAUCAAGAUGCUCUUCAAAUGGCCUCAGGAACACUCCGAGGACGAUCUGUAUGAUGCAGAAGCUGCUCUGACUUACAUGAAAAGCGUAGGGUUUAAGUUGGACUGGUUGGAGAAGAAACUUGAUGAGUUAAAAGAAAACAAGAAGAAAUGUGCCCAUGUGUGUGAAAUAGAACAACAGCUGCAUGACUUGGAGCUGAAGUGCAAAGACCUAAAAAAUCAGCUGAAUAAGGAGAUCAAGGCAGAGAUUUUGGAAGCCACAGCUCCUGAUCUCUCUUUCAAUCAUGUUGUCUGA